UCUAUGGCUAGUAAAUUAAUCUCCAAUUUUAUUCAAUCCAAAGUAUUGCACGGACGUAAAUUCUUUUAGAUUUUUGUUUAUCAAUGAACAACGUUAUGGCAGCAGCAGCAAAAAUAUCUAAAUUGCACACGAUUCAAGCCACAGCCAAUCAUACUGCUACAUUGAUUUUUUUUCACGGUUCAGGAGAUACCGGAAACAACGUGAAGGAUUGGAUAAAGCUUUUAAAUAAAGAGGAACUGAAGUUUCCACAUAUUAAGAUCGUCUAUCCUACCGCACCACUUCAGCCAUACACUCCCAAUAACGGAGAGCCAAGCAAUGUUUGGUUCGAUCGUUCGGCAAUAUCCAAGUUUGCUCCGGAACUACAGGAUUCUAUCGAUUCCAUGUGCUCCGAAGUGUCGGGCUUAAUGGAGAAAGAAAUCGCUUCCGGAAUACCCAUCAACAGAAUAGUUCUCGGUGGUUUCUCAAUGGGAGGAGCUCUGUCGUUGCAUAUGGCUUACAGGCAUAGGACAUCGGUUGCUGGGUGCUGUGCCAUGUCAUCUUUUUUAAAUGACAACUCUUUAGUUUAUGAUGCUUUGAAGACUGCCGCUACUGAAAACACUCCGCCACUUUUACAAUUUCAUGGCGUACGUGACGAUUUAGUCCCCAUUGAAUGGGGGGAGGAAACAUUCAAACUUCUUACAGACUUAGGCGUAAAGGGGGAAUUUGUACCAUUAAAAAAUGCGUAUCACGAACUAACUAAGCUUGAAAUUCAGAAGUUCAAAGAAUGGUUGCUCAAUGUUAUUCCAGAAGAAUCCUCUUAAGAAUCUCAUUAUUUUGUAAACCAGCCUGAACCUGUCUACAUAAUGGAAGAGAGUUUAAAGUAACAAAGGUUCAAGGAUCGUGAUAUUUUACAUCAAUAGAAAGAAAAGCAUUAACUUGCUUGCACCUCGCAAUCCUAUAGUUAGGAAAAAAUAUAAACUUGCACCUUGAAGAAUACCACAAUUUUUAUAAAUUUUCGGCAAAUCCUUUCGUUUUCAUUUCUCAUUUCGGUUGAUGCACGUAUGCAUAUAUACGAUUGUACAUAGAAUUUUCUGUGAAUUAUUCUAAGCGGAGCAACAAUUGUGUACAUAGUAGCCACGAAUGAUAUACAAAAUAGGAUUAAAACGGGUUUUCUAAACACAAUACACACCAUGUACAGCAAUACAAUCCAUGUCGUUUC